CUCGAUAUAUUUAAUGAAUGAAUUAAAAUCCAUAAUAAUUGAAUGAUACGGUACCAAAACCAACCCUGAAAUUGUUCUUUUUCGUCUCUAAGAUUCACGUUUCCACUACGAUUCAUGCACUCAUUCUUCCGUUAAGAUUUUAGAAGUUAAAAUAAUCACCUAAGCCGAUGGUAAAUAGUACUCGUGCUAGUCAAAAGGCUAAGGAUGAAGAAAAUGUGAGGGUGACUCGAAGUAGAGAGAAAGCAAAAAUUAAUGGACAUCCUAAUUUAUUGGAUACAGAUAGUACUAGAAAGUCUACUAGAGAAACACCUUUAAGGAAGACAAAUGCAAGCUCUUCCAGUACUCAGAAGUCCGAGCAAGUAGAGAAGGCAACACUGCCAGCUCCUGAAGCUAGAAGGAAGUCUGAAAGGGUUGAGAAAAAGAAGACGCCGAGUCCUUUGACAAAAUCUGGAAAAACUAGGAAUCCUUCUUCUUCUUCUAGUCCUUCAGAUUCUAAAAGUGCAGGGUCUUUGGGUUCAAUUUCAAGGCAGAAGCUACAAAAAGAGAAGAGUGUGAAGCAGUUGGCAUUUGAAGCCCCAGAAGUGACUGAAAAUGAGGAACACAACGUGGGAACUUCCCAGGUGAAAAUAAAGAGAAUGGACGCCCGUAUGUAUCGGUCUCUCUUUAAAGAUGGAAAGAAAGGUACUAUAAAGAAGUUAUCUAUAGGAAAUUGCUCAGAUAAUAAAGAAGUCUCAAAGAAUGGUACACUGCCAUCUGAAGAUGCCAAAGCAAAAGAGACUAGAGUAGACUCGAGUAUUGACGAGCAAAAGUGCCAAAGCAAAGGUGACAACUGCAGUGGAGCCAAGAUUGAUGAGUUAUCUAAAGGAAGUUGUUCAGAUAUUAACGAAGUCUCAAAGCAUGGUACACUGCCAUCUGAAGAUGACAAAGCAAACGAAACAAGAGUUGAUUCUAGGUUGAGUGGCCCUAUGACAAAUCUAGCAGAAAAUAAUGUGACUCCCGGUUCAUUUAUACCGUCUAACACCCCAAAUUAUGAGACUAGUGUGGUACCCAUAAGGGUACAGUCUGAUUGCUGCAGAGAUGAGACAUUACCAACAUUAGCGUCAGGAAAUUCUAUAUUAGACGAUGAUGACAUGGUCAGUAACAAUGCUGGGCUUGGUGGGGGUGAAAACUUGGCACCUUCUAAGAGAAAAGUAAUCACAGUGGACACAGAAUCAAAUGUUUCUUCCACAAUAUCUAAAGGAGACAAUGCGAACUUGAUCCCUGAUGCUCUCCCUUCCAAGUUAGGUGGAAACGAGUCAUGUUCCAAACGAACAAGGUUAGAUUAUAAUCCUACAGUCAAGGAGUCGUGCGAUCCAUGUGCAGCUGAGGAUCAGGACGAAGAUGACACUGAACCAACCAUGGUGCAGAAGGAUAAGAGUGACUACACAAGUGGAAUUGGACACCUGAAGGAUAGCGCUGUGGAAGACAAAAAUGUUCUGGCUCUUGAUGGUCAAAAUGAUAAUGAAAAAGAUAGUUUAAUAUAUAGUUCCAAUGAAAGUGUUGUUCAGCCGAAGGAGAAAUUGUCAAGUCAUAUUGCAAACAGAUGCAAGUCUGACUCCUAUAGGUUUGUUGAGUAUUGGGUUCCUGCACAGAUAUCUCACGUGCAGCUUGAGCAAUAUUGUGCUACUUUACUUUCAAAUUCUUCAAUUCUUUGCUCGUCACCCAAGAUUGAUUGUGUUGGGGCCAUUCGUGAUGUCCUUAUUUCUAUCCGGAAGUGUUGUAAUCAUCCCUAUGUUAAUGAUCCGUCCGUGCAAACUUUACUAUUCAAGGACCUUGAAGAAGUUGAUUAUCCGAGUGACAAAGAAAAAUUAGUUGAGUAUCUAAAUGUUGGAAUAAAAGCAAGUGGCAAGCUGCAACUACUUGAUUCAAUGCUCACAGAGUUGAGAAAAAAUAACUUACGGGCACUCGUGCUUUUCCAGUCUAUUGGAAAGGAUUCAAUUGGAGAUAUUUUAGAUGACUUCCUGCGACAAAGAUUUGAUGUAGAUUCAUUUGAAAGAAUUGAUAAAAGUCUUUCAUCUUCUAAGAAGCAAGCUGCCAUUAAGAAAUUUAAUGACAAGAAUAAUAAGCGAUUUGUCUUUCUGAUGGAAACUAGUGCCUGCCUUCCUAGCAUAAAAUUGUCAUCAAUUGACACUGUUAUUAUAUUUGAUAGUGAUUGGAACCCAAUGAAUGAUCUAAGAUCCCUUCAGAAGAUAACACUUGAUUCACAGUUUCAAUUUAUCAAAAUGUUCCGUUUAUAUACAGCUUUCACUGCUGAAGAGAAAGCUUUAAUUCUUGCUACGCAAGAUAAGGCCCUAGACAUAAACUGUCUAUAUUCAAGCCGGGGUCUCAAUCAUACUCUCUUGAUGUGGGGUGCUUCUCGUCUUUUUGACGAGUUGGGGGUUUCCCUUGACGGUUCAACUUCUACGUCAAGUCCUAUACCACUGCUAGAAAAAACCGUUUCAGAGUUCACAUCCUGUCUAUCUGAUGCUGGUGAAGAUUCGGACACGAGCAGUCGCUCAAUUUUAUUGAAAGUCCAGCAAAACGGAGGAUCCUACUGUUCCAAUUUUCCUUUGCUUGGUGAACUGAAACUUGGGUCGCUGGAUGAAGAGUCACCACAAACUUUUUGGACUAAACUAUUGGAGGGAAAACAUUUUCGAUGGAAGUACUCAAGUAGUCCAUCUCAGCGGAGCCGGAAGAGAGUUCAUUGUUUCAAUAAUUUGGAAGGUGGGACCAACCCUGUGAAUGAAGGCAUAACAAAGAAGCGCAUGAAAGUGAGCAACAAUACUGUUGAUCAGCCUACAUCGAAAUCUGAAGGUGAAAAGUUACCCACUGGAGUCAAGGCAGGAAUCUUUGGAGAUCUAGUGGAUAAACCUCAGGAUAAUGGUGUUGGAUCCGAGAAAAACGGCAGAAUACAUGAUGAGCAGAGGAGCUUACAUCUUUUGCUGAAGCCACAGAUCACAAAGCUCUGUGACGUUCUUCUUCUUCCAGAUAAUGUCAAGAAUAUGGUUGACAAUUUUCUUGAGUAUGUUAUGAACCAUCACCAUGUCGAUAGGGAACCCGUGUCAAUAUUACAGGCUUUUCAAAUAUCUCUGAUUUGGACUGCUGCUUCUUUGCUAAAUCACAAACUUGACCACAAGGCUUCUCUUAUUCUUGCGGAACAAAAUUUGAAUUUUGACUGUAAGAAAGGAGAGGUGGACCUCAUUUUUUCUAUGCUGCGGUGUCUAAAGAAAAUAUUUUUACAUCGUACAGAAAAUUGUAAUAAUACUUCUUCUCCAAAAGCUUCUAAAUCACCAAGAGUUUCAUGUACUGGAGUGGCACAAGAGGUUGAAUUGUUCAAAAAAGAUUUGUCCAAAAGCAUUAAAAAAAUUCAGAAAAAGUGUGAAAAAACGCUGAAUAAGAUACGCCUUAUGCACCAGGAAGAGAAACAAAGGUUGAGAGCGUCUAAUGAGGCUCAAAAGGCUGAAUUGGAGAGAAAAUACACAAUAGAGUUAGCAUUCACGCGAUCCUGCUCUCCUAAUGAGGUGACGAGAAUAGAAAUGCUCAAAAUUUUGAAUAUUGAACAUCAAAAAAGGAUUGAAGAUCUGGAAUUUCAGUAUGAAACAAGUCUCAAAGAUCUCGAGGACAAACAUUCAGCUCAUAUAUUAAAGGUUCAAGACUGUGAGACCACUUGGGUGGAAGAUUUGAAAUCUUGGGCAAAAAACGAAUUGCGAAACAUAGUUGCUUUAAAGGAACUUGGGACUGGGUUUGAUUACUCGCAGAUGUGUGAUAAUGUGGCUGAAUCCAUGAAAGAGACUGGGGCUGUGGUUCCUCAAAAAAAUUCCCCUUCAGUUGAUAAAACAGUUGAACAACAAAAUUCUCUGGUCAAGCAUGACAGGGCUAAUGAAAUGGACAUUAUGGUUUCAAAUGAUCGGGCAGUCUCUGGAAAUGAGGACCAUAAUACAACUGAAAAUCAACAUGUCAGUCAGGAAAAUAUUCUCUCUAAACUUUCCCAUUCCAGAGAGCAGAAUUCUGAUGGUGCUACAAGCAUGACAGAUGAAGCUAUUAGGUCUGAAAAUUUUGGCCAUGAGUCUAGAGAUGGUUGUGAGAAGCCUAGUUUAGAUACCGCGUGCUUGCCAGAUUGCAGAGAACAGAAUUCUGAUUGUGCUACAAGCAUGACAGAUGAAGAUAAUAGGUGUGCAAAUUUUGGCCAUCGGUCUCGAGAUGGUUGUGAGAUUCCUAGUUUAGGUACCGCAUGCUUGCCAGAUUGUGAGAAUGCCACACAUCCAGUGCACCAGUGUUCUGAUGGAGUCUCAUCAAGCGUACCUGAAGGGCAAAUUCCAGGUGAAGUGCAAGAAACUACUAAUGGAGGGGACUCUGUAAGUGUAUCAGAAAGACAGGUACAUGUUGAAAUGUCUGAGGCCGUCAAUUUCACUGAUUGUCUGCUGCAGAGUCCCCCUUCAUAUGUGGCUCAAAUAUCCGACAGAGGUUCAAUAGAUGUGCCAGUUAUAGAUGGUGUUUCAUCACCAAGGCCUUGUCAAGCUGCUUGUUCAACCAGUUGUCGAGAUACAAUUUCCCUUUCAAAUCCACCUUUGGAGCAACAAAUACCUGAUGGACUCUUGAGUAUUCCUGAUGGAGAUAUUCCUGUCACUGUGCCAGAAAAUAGUCAUGCAGUGGCAGAUUGUCAUAAGGAUAUAGAGCCUUCAACAAAUGCUGUGCUGGUGGAUAAUAGUACCACAAAUGACCUGGAGGGAGGAGUACUCGGAACUGUGACCAGUGCUCCAGUAUCUUCUAGACCAGUUAAUGUCAUGGAGCCUCUAGAACAAGGGCAACAAUUGCCGUCUGUGGAGUCUGCUGCUGACAAGGAUUCAGCUGGGGAAAUGCAAAAUUCUUAUGAACAAGUUCAACUGGCAUCUCGUUCAGCUGAUGUUGUACCAGCCAAUCAAAUCACGGUGCCUCCAAAGCAGGUGCAUCAAUUAGCUGCUGCAGAGCUCUCUUCCAACUUGGGUAUGCUGGGUUUGUCUAAUUUUCAUUUAGCAACUGAAGAUGAACAUCAGCCGAGCAAUGUACCAGAUAUCCCCACUCAUCAUCCUGAACCAUCUUCUGCGGUUCCAAAUAAAAAUGUUGCGCAGCCACACUCAAAUUCGGCACUUUUUUUACAUUCAAAUCAAGCUGCCGUGCACCCUGUCUCAAAUUCAGAUCUUGAUUCAGUUACAGCCAGUAGAGUUAGAACACAGUCUGCCAACCCAAGAAAUUUGUCAACUCCUUUGGAGAUGAAUAAUCACCCUAUCCAAUCUACAGCCCCUUCGUCUUCCACAAGGCUUCCACAUUUGUCCUAUGAUCCACUGAAAAUUGAAUUUGAAAAAAUACAAAAAGCAAUAGAACAAACUUCGAAAAGCCAUGAAGAUUCGAAAUUGCGGUUGAAAUCUGAUUUUGAAAAGGAAUUAGCGGAGCUUCGAAAAAAGUAUGAUGUUAAAUUUCAAGAGAUGGAAGUUGAAUUUCAGCGAACAAAGAAGACUUUGGAUACAAAUCUUAACACAGUUUGUGUGAAUAAGUUAUUGGCUGAUGCUUUUAGGUCUAAAUGCUUGGAUCUUAAAGCACCCAGUGCUUCAGGAAUGCAACAUGAUUCACUUCCGCGGCAGUUGCAUCUACGUUCGAGUCAACAAACUGCUACUCGGUCAUUAGUGGUUUCUGGUUCUUCCGGUCAGCCUCCUGCGACCAGUCUGCUGAGUCCCUCCAUUGCUCCCAGUCAGCCUCCUGCAACCAGUCUGCUGAGUCCCCCCAUUGCUCCUAAGUCACAGCAUAUGGUACCGCCUGGUUACAAUAAGUCUGGAACUUCCUCCGGUGUCUCUGCAAGACCACCUCUCAUUAACACUACUAGGUCUUCAAUCGCCCGAGAUGUUCAAACUGGUGGCGAGAUACGUGCCCCUGCACCACAUCUCCAAUCUUCUAGACCCCCAAAUUCUGUUCCACCCUCCAGUUUCCAUCCUCUUCUACUCCGAAAUCUAAGUCAGACAGCUCCUAGUAACCUUCGAGCAACUUCUCCCUCACACGCUCGUGUCCCACCCUUGCAAAGACCAACAGCCCAUCAGUCUAAUCCACAAACGGGAUACCGGCCUGACAGUGCAGGCAGAUUAGCCACUCCUAACUUACCUCUCACGGGUUCACAUGGGAAUGUUAGCAAUCAAUCUAAUAUAACCUCCCCAAAUGUUAUUUCGCGUUUGUCAGAUACGGCUCCCGCUAACCUGUCCAGAUUUGGGCCCAAUAGCAGUAGCAUGGUGGUUAACUCAUCGCAUCAAGCUGCGUCUGCAGAUUUAGUAUGUUUAUCAGAUGAUGAUGACUGACCUGAAAAGUGUUUUGCAUGCAUUUGUCCUAACACCCGACUAUGGUAUAGCUUUGUUUACUUUGGAGGGUUAUAUUGUUGGACUGUCUUGACUAUUCUCUUAAUAGGCGGCAAAGCUGAAUAGGAAAAGGGCCGAGCUGACUGAUGAGUUUUUAGCCUUAAAAAAAGGGCUCUCUCAUGUGAAGCUAACAUGGCUGGCUACAUACAAGUAUUGCCAAAUCAAGAUGAGACGUAACGGACAUUUGGUUUGCUCUAAUUAUAUUGAUGGUAAAAUGUACAUAAUUAAUCAAGGGUAGCUCAUCUAGUUAGAUCCAAAUUUUCAAUAUGUAUUUAACAAAUUAUUAUAUGCUAUGAGCUUACCUUUGUCAAAACAAAAGUAAUCAAAUUGUUAUCUGAUUUUCUAUACUGCUAUCUUAUUUAAAAAAAAUAAAAAAAUUGUCAAGUAGCCAUCUUAUUUAAAAACUUAUUGCAUAUUAAAGAUUAUAUAUUUCAAAUGUCAUUU